AUGGCCAGGGAAAGCUUCCUCUCUUCUCUUACAGUGCGGCUCUGCAGCAUCCUCCCUUGGCUUUUUGUCCUACAGACUGAAGCUGGGCCACAGCAAGAAGACAGCUUGUACAUGUGGAUUGAUGCUCACCAAGCAAGAGUCCUCAUAGGUUUUGAAGAGGAUAUUCUGAUUGUUUCAGAGGGCAAAAUGGCCCCAUUCACUCAUGAUUUCAGAAAAGCUCAACAGAGAAUGCCAGCCAUUCCGGUUAAUAUUCACUCCAUGAAUUUUACCUGGCAAGCCACAGGGAAAGCUGAGUAUUUCUAUGAAUUCUUAUCCUUACGGUCUCUGGAUAAAGGCAUCAUGGAUGACCCCACCGUCAACAUCCCAUUGCUUGGGACAGUUCCCCACAAGGCAUCAGUUGUUCAAGUAGGAUUCCCAUGUCUUGGAAAACAAGAUGGAGUGGCAGCAUUUGAAGUGAAUGUGAUCAUAAUGAACUCUGAAGGCAAUAUCAUCCUCCAGACUCCCCAGAAUGCCAUCUUCUUUAAAACAUGCCAACAAGCUGAAUGCCCAGGAGGGUGCAGAAAUGGAGGCAUCUGUAAUGAAAGACGGGUCUGCAAAUGUACCGAUGGAUUCUACGGGCCUCACUGUGAGAAAGCACUCUGCACACCACGAUGCAUGAAUGGUGGACUCUGUGUUACUCCUGGCUUGUGCAUCUGCCCACCUGGAUUCUACGGUGUAAACUGUGAAAAAGCCAAUUGUUCAACAACCUGCUUCAAUGGAGGAACUUGCUUUUACUUAGGAAAGUGUAUUUGCCCACCAGGACUGGAGGGAGACCACUGUGAGAUCAGCAAAUGUCAGCAAGCCUGCAGAAAUGGUGGUAAAUGUAUUGGGAAAAAUAAAUGCAAAUGUUCCAAAGGCUACCAAGGAGAUCUCUGUUCCAAACCUGUCUGUGAGCCUGGUUGUGGAGCACACGGGACCUGCCAGGAGCCCAAUAAAUGCCAGUGUAGGGAAGGCUGGCACGGACGACACUGCAACAAAAGGUAUGGAGCCAGCCUCAUGCAUGCCCUAAAGCCACCGGUUACCAAGCACAGACAGCACACGCCUUUACUUAAAAAGGCCGAAGAGAGGCAUGUUCCACCUGAAUCCAAUUACAUCUGGUGAACCCCCAGCAUCUGAAACGUUUUAAGUUACACCAAGUUCAUAGCCUUUGUUAACCUUUCAUGUGUUGA